UGAAACAAAAAUCGAGAGCCGAACAGAUCGACACAUCAGUAUGUAAUCGGUGCCAGUUCGUUUCACACAUGUUUCAAAUAUAACUGAAGUCUACAAUUAUACGUUGCCCAGAAUAUUUCAAACAACUUGCAAUAAGGAAAGUUCUGCAUGUGGUAUUGCUCAUAUAUUGAACAUAAAAAGUAGCUAUCAUGACGGAAAGCAAAAAAACAGUUGUGGUGACUUACGACUCAGCACGUGAAGUUUCAAAAAAGUUCGAUUUCUGGCGAGGAAUAUAUAACAAAGACAAAAAUUAUAUUCUUGGGCGAACACCAAAAAAUUGGGGUGAAAUCUUCAUUUUCUAUUCAAUAUUUUAUAUUAUUCUGGCUGCGUUAUUCGCAAUAUGUAUGCAAGUUUUACUUUGGACUUUGGACGACAAAGUUCCCAAAUGGACACUAGGGGAAUCUCGAAUUGGUGACAGCCCAGGCCUUGGAUUUCGACCAAUGCCGAUGAACUUAUCGCAAGGCUCUUUACUUUGGUUAAAUAAUAAAAAUACCACAACGAUCAAGAGUUAUGUCGACAUUAUCAAUUCGUUUUUAUUGCCUUAUGAAAAUGCAACUCUUCAACCACACAUAAACUCCGUUAACUGCGAUUUUGAUAACUUACCCGCUGAUGAAAAAGUUUGCAGAAUAAAUCUUAGCCAUUUUGGGAAAUGUACUGCUUCAAAUUCGUAUGGAUACGAUAGUUUAAAGCCUUGUAUUUUCCUCAAAUUGAACAAAAUUUUUAAUUGGAUACCAGAGCCAUUCAAUAAAGAUUCGGUUUUGCCAGAGAAUAUGCCUGAAGAUUUGAAAUUAAACAUCAAUUCGUUACCAGAAAAAGAAAGAAACCAAGUUUUUGUAUCAUGUGAAGGACAGAAUCCGAAUGAUAAGGAAGCCAUUGGAAAGAUAACGAUAUCACCUAGAGGGUUUCCACAUUAUUUUUAUCCAUACAAGAAUAACGAUGGCUAUCUCAGUCCACUUAUUUCCGUACAAUUCGAGUCAGUCAAGAAGAAUACAAAUAUUAAUAUUGAAUGCAUAGCUUGGGCCAAAAAUAUUAUUUAUCAUGGUGGAGAACGAGAUCGGCAGGGCUCCAUUCACUUUGAAUUGUUAAUAGACUAACACAAAUCUAUUCGUGAGACGUAAAAGAACGUAUGUUUUUUUGUCGAUUUAUAUUUUUGAAAAGGAAAGUAUAUUUUCUGUUGAUUCUAUCUGCGUUAAAAGGAAGUAUGUUGGCAUCCCGUCUAGCCUCCGCGGUUUUUCACGGUUUCCGCGGAACUGAUAAGAGAUAACAACUUGGUGUCUUCGGCAAAGUUGUAGUACUCGAGGUCUUCUAUAACAAUUUUCGAAGACAUCUAUCUCUUAUCUCUUAUCGGUUGCGCGCAAAUCGCGCACAUAAAACAGCAAAUUUUAUAUAGAACUUUUUUUUCUUAUCAUUUUUCGCGCUUUUCGCGGAACUGAUAAGAGAUAAGAGAUAACUGACAGCAAUGUUAUAGAAGACCUCGAGUGCUACAACUUUGCCGAAGACACCAAGUUGUUAUCUCUUAUCAGUUCCGCGGAAACCGUGAAAGACCGCGAGGACCCGCUAAAAACCAACAUACAUUCUUUUAACCAUUAUUAGUUGCAAUGAAACAUACUUCUCUUUAUUGCUACGAAGUUGGAGGACUUGCGUUCUUUUACGUCUCACUAAUAGAAAUAUAAACGAUGAAUUGUUAGUCACUUUUUGGUCUAUUUCACUUUUAAUCUAAAUGGUUUCAUCUUCAGUACCUAAAUUGAUGAAACAAUUAACAAUAGCAAAUUAAUUUUAAGGUCCAUUAUGAUGGAAUAGAAUAUAUGUAUUGAACGAAAAACCGUUCGUACUUUAUGAAUUUAAAAAAUGAAACAAUGUUUUAACUCAAUCAAAAUUUUCCAAAAUAUAUAUUUUGAAACUAAUAUUGAAGGGCCUUUCUUCUGUAGUUUUCUUUUCCACGAUGAUAAAAAUUGUAAAAAAAUUGAAUGAAAUAAUGUGAUGCAACAAUAAGAUUUCAUAGUAUCAAUAAAGAUCCAUAUCCAUAUUCAAGCGAAUUUCGACAAAUUUUCAAAAACUCGAAGAAAUCCACAUGAUAAACCACGUGUAUUGUAUGUACUAAUGUAUCGCUUCAUAGAGCAAAUUUGAUUGCAUUGUGUGCAAAUUUUAACGAUUAGACAAAUAUAAUGUACAAACGGCGAUACUAAAAAGAUUUUAGAACUGAGG